GUGAGGCAACGGUGGUGUUUAGUAUAUAAAUAGAAUACAUAACUAUUCAUAUAUACCGUCAUCGAAGUACCUCUAGUACCCAGAACAACAUUCAUUCCUAAAGGCAUAUAAUUUUUUUUUUUUUUCGCUUGGGAGGAAUUUAGAAAUUAUUCUUUUACACUAGAAAUAGGAAUAAAAACAGUAUGUCGAACCAACAACUUGCUUUAGUCACCGGUGUUACUGGAUUCAUUGGAGCCCAUGUUGCUGUCUCUUUACUCAACAAGGGUUAUCGUGUGCGCGGUACUGUCCGUAGCAUGGAAAAGGCAAAUGAGUUGAUUCGUUUGAACCCCGAGCUUAAGGACAAGAUUGAGUUUGUAAUCGUCAAGGACAUUAUGGAACCCUAUGCCUUUAAGGAUGUUGUCAAGGAUUGCGACUACGUUUGCCAUAUUGCUUCUCCUUUCUUCGUUUCAAACGUCACUGACAACAAGGCUCAACUCUUGGAUCCCGCUGUCCAAGGUACCCUCAGUGCCUUGGAAGCCGCCAUCACUGAGCCCAAGGUCAAGCGUGUUGUCAUCACUUCUUCUUUUGCUGCUGUCGGUGACUUCACCAAGGAUCCCUCCAGCGGCUACGCCUACAGUGAAAAGGACUGGAACCCCAUUUCUUACGAGGAAGCUCUCAAGACCGAUAAUGGUAUCGUCGCCUACUGUGCUUCGAAAGUUUUCGCUGAGAAGGCUGCUCGUGAAUGGGUUAAAGAAAAGCAACCUCACUUCGAUAUCUGCACCAUCAACCCUCCUUACGUCUAUGGUCCUACCAUCCAUCCCAUGAACAGCAUGGACUCUUUGAACACUUCUAACCAAAUUCUCUGGACUGUCAUCAAUGGUUCCAAGGUCCAACCCUCUAUACAAAGUCUCCAAGUCGAUGUUCGUGAUGUCGCCGAUGCUCAUGUUUUGGCUCUCGACCACCCUAAAUUGGGCGGUGGUCGUGUUCUUGUCUCCAAGGGUCCAUUCUUCACAAACACCAUCAGCAAGAUUCUUCUCGACAAGUUCCCUGAGAAGAAGGAUGUUAUUUCCGAACCCUCCGAUGUUCCUUUCAACGACAAGCACUACACUAUCGACAACUCUUUCUCCAAGUCUCUUGGUAUGAAAUAUCACUCUGAAGAACAAACCUACAUUGAUACUGCCGUAAACCUUUGGGAGCGUGCCAAGCAAUUUUCUGAAUCCAAGUAAAUCAUUACUUGAGCUUUAUGAUUUUUGUAUGCUUGAAACCUUAUGGAGUAAAUUUGUCAUUUCGGUUUAUAGAUUUUGGAUGCCAUAUAUUAGAAAAUGUCAACAAUAAUAUGUUUUUGUCUUUCUAGAACGAUCAUGUUGCAAACGACUUUUAUACUUG